AUGCUCAAACAACUCCCCUGUACCCCCUCCGACGCCGAAGCGCUCGCAACCCUCUACCUUCAAUGCUUCACUACACCCGUGGACCAGCGUCUCUGGCCCAACACCCCCGAGAUCCACGCUUGGUGGGUAGCCAGCUUCACCCGAAAAUUGACUGAGGGGCUUGAGAAGUACCACAUCCUGAAGGUCAUUGAUACGGAGAAAGAUGACGAGCUUGUCGGAUUCUUGGAGUGGAAGCUCCCUGCCCCCAUACAGCAAGAUCAUCCAGCGAACGGCGAUGAGAAUAAGGACUCUGCCGAGGGUAAAGACCCCGAAACUCAAGAACUCCUCGCCACGUAUCCAUCUCACGUCGGUGAUAUUGAGCUUCUCAAGGAAACAUUGGAGCAGUUCAGGACUAUGAUUGGCGGCAUUAUGGGGGAGAGGAGGUUUUAUUAUCUCAACAUGCUCGGCACGAAGCCCGAGUACCGACGACGGGGCGUCGCGUCGGGAAUGAUCGAGUGGGGAACAAGCCGCGCGGAUAAAGAGGGUCUCGAAACGUUCGUGGUUUCUGCUCCUGGGGCAAGGCCUGUGUAUUUGAAGCAUGGAUUUGAGCUUGCGAUAGAAGGAGAGGAUCUGGGGAAUUUUGUGCCUUGGUAUAUGGUUCGGAAGCCCACGGUUGAGAAGAAGGAAAGAGGAGGAUUUGCGAAGUGGCUGUUGGGAGUGUCUGCUGUGCUUGGGGUUGGGGCUAUUAUUUACCGGAGGGUGUAUAGGAGGGCGUUGUAG